AUCCCUAACCCGAUCUAUAAAAAAAAGAGGAAAAUCCCCAACCCAGACCGCCGCGUCACUGCUCCGCUCCUCUCCAUCUUUCUUGCCGUCGGCCGAGGCCAGAAGCACCGGGCACCGUCUCCCGUCGGCCGAGGCCAGAAGCGCCGGGCACCCUCUCCCGUCGGCCAUCGCGAUCCCUACACCCGCCGCUGCUGGGAUCGGAGGGAGACCCCCCGAUCCGUUCCCCACCGUUUCUCCCUAGGAGGGUUCAGUUGAAGGUUUGCGAAAGAUGGGUUGGGGGAUAUCCCGGCUGAUUGGACUGAAGGCGGCUGUCUUGCUCGCCGCAGCGUAUUUCGUUCAUGGACUGGGCAUGAAAGUGCUCUCGCUGCCCCUCAUAUACACCUGCCUGAUUGCCGUGCUUAUCUCCAUUGCUUCCCAUCCGUCGGUCGACCUCCCGUUGCUUCUCGGCAAGGCAUCCAAUGGAAGCUUUCCCCUAUGGUCAUGGGUCAUGUUCUCGCCCUUUCUCUUUUUCAUCCAUCUGUUUGUGCUGUUGCGGAGAUUUGUGAAAAAUGAGCCCUUGUACACCGAGAUAGCAGACGGAGUGUAUGUUGGAGGCUGGCCUUCUUCAGUUGAACGCCUGCCACCUGGUGAACCCGCAGUCAUCGAUUGCACGUGCGAGCUGCCAAGAAGCUCAACUAUAUCCGAGAAUUCAUAUUUGUGUGUCGCUACAUGGGAUACAAGGGCGCCUCAGCCACCACAGAUUGAGUCAGCGGUGCGGUGGGCCGUGAGAAAGCGGUCACAGAACAAACCUGUGUAUGUCCACUGUGCCUAUGGCCAUGGCAGAAGUGUCUGCGUGAUGUGUGCACUUCUAGUCGCACUGGGAUUAGCUGACGAUUGGAAAGCUGCUGAGCAAAUGAUCCGCGAGAAGCGACCUUCUAUCAGCAUGAACACUCUUCAUCGCAAAAGCUUAGAGGAAUGGUCAAAGCACUUGCUUUCUCCCUCAAAAGGAAGUGGGGAAUCCGAUGUGAGUUCUGUGAUUCUUUCGGACUACACCCGGAAAAAGCAUUGAACUCGCAAGACACGGACUUGUUCAGUAACUGUGAUAAUUGAGAAGACUUAAUGCUUUGGUGGUAUCUACUGUUGUCCUAGUAAAUGUCCAAGGCAUUUCGUUGUCUAAGUUACUGUCCUCGAUUAUGUUGUAUGGAUACGUGGAUAUUCUAUUACUGUGGCUUACAAUGUUGCCCUUUUUAUGCAUACUGUUCAGUGAUCCUUGGGGUCAUUGAAUGCUUUCAAGACAAA